AUGAAUAUUGUCGAAUGGGCCUUUGGCAAGCGCAUGACGCCAGCGGAGCGUCUGCGCAAGCACCAGCGGGCCCUCGAUCGAACCCAGCGCGAACUAGACCGAGAACGCACCAAGCUGGAGAACCAAGAGAAGAAACUGGUUCAAGAUAUCAAGAAGAGCGCUAAGAAUGGCCAAAUUGGAGCUUGCAAGAUCCAGGCCAAGGAUCUGGUUCGGACGAGAAGGUAUAUCCAGAAAUUCUACCAAAUGCGCACACAAUUACAGGCGAUCUCGCUUCGCAUUCAGACUGUUCGGAGCAAUGAGCAAAUGAUGCAGUCUAUGAAGGGUGCAACGAUGCUGUUGGGCAGCAUGAAUCGUCAAAUGAAUCUCCCAGCCUUACAGCGCAUUACGAUGGAAUUCGAACGAGAAAACGAAAUCAUGGACGAACGACAGGAGAUGAUGGAUGAUGCGAUUGACGAAGCGACCGGCAUGGAGGAUGAUGAAGCAGAAGGCGAAGAUAUUGUCAGGGAAGUCCUUGAUGGGCUUGGUGUUGAUUUGAGCCAGGCGCUGGGUGAGACACCGUCGGGCGAGAUACACCAAGAAUCAACAGGUGGCACUCGGGUUGCUCAGGCUAUCGGCGGCGGAACAGGUGGUGGAGCAGGUGAUGCCGGGGAUGACGACCUUCAAGCGCGACUGGACAGCCUCCGACGAUGA